GAGGUCGCAGCGGUGGCCCCGCAGCGCUCCCCGCUCCCUCCCACACCAUGAAGAACCCGAUGCUGGAGGCCCUGUCCCUCCUGCUGGAGAAACUGCUGCUUGUCUCCAACUUCGGGCUCCUCAGCGCGGGCGCCCCAGGAGCAGACAAGAGCAGGAACAAGCUCUAUGACAUCAACUCUCUCCUCCGCGGCGACGUGCUGGAGGUGCCCAGGACCCACCUGACCCACUACGGCAUCUACCUGGGGGACAACCGCGUCGCCCACCUGAUGCCAGACAUCCUGCUGGCACUGACCAGCGACGAGGGGCGCCUUCGGAAAGUGGUCUCCAACAAACGCCUCAUCCUGGGGGUCAUCGGCAAGGUGGCCAGCAUCCGCGUGGACACGGUGGAGGACUUCGCCUACGGAGCCGACGUCCUGGUCAAUCACCUGGACGAGUCUCUGCAGAGGAAGGCGCUGCGCAAUGAGGAGGUGGCGCGCAGGGCCGAGGCGCGCCUGGGCCUGACCUCGUACAGCCUGCUAUGGAACAAUUGCGAGCACUUCGUGACCCACUGCCGAUACGGCGCCGCGCUCAGCCCCCAGGCCGACAAGUUUUGUGAGAUUGUGAAGAUAAUUGUUCGUGAUCAGAGGAGUGUCCUCGCUUCAGCGGUCUUGGGCUUAGCGUCCAUCAUCUGUAUGGGCUUGGCAUCCUAUGUGACUCUUCCUGCCAUUUUUAUCCCAUUCUGCCUGUGGAUCAUGGCUGGCUAGCUUCUUAGCCUUGUGGCAGUGUGUGUGCAUUUUGCGUAAACAUGUUCCUGUCACAGAGCACAGAUCAUGAUAAGCAUUGUUGAGAAAAUCUGACUUGAACCGCUGUGUUCUGGAUAAAGCUGUGACUGCGAAUCACAGGAAGUGCUUACUGUGUAAGCCACGAACAAAGACUUCCUGAAUAUUUUCAGGCAAUUCUGUUGCAAGAGGUCAUCCGAAGACUUGGAAGCAGAACAGCCUGUGGUAGGACUGGGCAGUGCAAGAGCAGCAGCCCCUACGUGAUGACCACAGAGGUCAGUAAGUACAAGAGCAGCAGACCCUACGUGAUGACCACAGAGACCAGUCCUGCCAUCUUCCUCGGGAUGCAUGAAGUCCGGAGAAGUUCACGAAGCACCAGCAUAAGGUUAGGAAACUAAUUCUUCCUAAAUUUACUGGAUUUCCUGGACAAGACAAAACAUCAUGCAGAUUAAUUGACUCAUUCUUCUGGGGAGCCUGGAUAUGGAGGCUGGAAGAUUUAUCAAGUAAGAUGACGACGUUGGCCUGAGUCCAUUCUGAAUUCGGAACAGCUUUUAUUAAACUGAUAAGAAGUUUCCCAUUAGAUGAAAACA